AUGCAGAUGCCUUUCGCUAUACUUGACAGCUACCAGCAUGAAUUCCCGCAGUAUCUUCGAAUACGGACUCCAGGAUGCCUAAAGCAAGUGCGGAUGCAGAUAUUGCAUCGUCAUGCUCAUGCUUCACAGCCACCAGCAGGACUUCCUGCAAUUUAA